CACCUGGUGUUAAGUGAUCACCGUCGCCCACAUUCUCUAGCAAUACAAGAGGAAUCACAGGAGCACUGGCCUUUAAAGAAGGCGUACGCUCUUUUUUAACGUAUCCAGGUCCCGCAAACACCACACAUUCCUUGUGCUCAUUCCACACCUAUGUGGUAUGUAGAAGAAAGUUCUUUGAAAACCGUAGUGUGGAGGAAAGCCACACAUUCAGAUGACGAAGGUGAACAAAAUAGAAUAUUGGAAGGUAUAAUACUAGAAGUAUUGGAACGAAUCCGUGAAUUAAUGAAGGAGGGGUCAGACUUGAUUCCGGUUCUAGAUCCAAUUAAAUUUGGUCCUAUACAAAUUGACGAGGGACUAAUUGAUAUACCUGGAUUAUUGAUAAGGCUGGAUGAAAUAGUUGUUAGCAAUCUGAGUACAUUUCGGGUGCUUAACAUGAAUUUAGUGCUAGAGUCUUUACUAGCGCAAAGAUAUAGAAUGGAAUUUGAUAUGGAUAUACCUUCUCUAAAUAUGGAUACAAACAGUUAUGCUCUUAAUAUACCGAUAUUUGGUGGAUCCGUUUUUGGCGAAGGCGAUAUGAAAUUCAGAGUCGUUGAACCAAGAACAAAGGGAGUUAUGCUUGUAUCAUUAGGUUUAAGGAAUGGAUCCCUCGCAGCCACCAUUGACAACUGUGAUAUUACUUUUAAUGUGGCUGAUAUUGAUGUCGAAAUAACGGGCAUGUUGGAAAAUGAAGCAACCAGUCAAUUUGUUUCAGAUUAUAUGAAGAAAAUGCUGGAAACCUAUUUAAGUUUCUUUGAGAAUGAAAUUAAUGCUAUAAUCAGCAUAGCAGUGAAAACGAUUGGAAACAUUGUUCUUGGCAACAUAGAUCUUGGCGAUUUCCUAAUCUCCAGUCAAUGAUCAUUAUUAUCAGUAUGGGGUUCCUACAUGUGAAUACUUCAUUAUAAACCUAUUCUAGAAAGUUCUCCUACUUCUGAAAGUUCAUAUAGUGGGGUAAUUUAGGUAAUUAAAUGUUUUUUUAAAUGAAA